CAACAUUGCAGAAUGUUCACACAGAUAGUCCCCCAAAAAACUCACAGAAAGGGGGCGAGGAGAGCUAUAGUAGAACUAAACAGCCAUUACGCGGGAUACAUGGACCUACGGCUUCCUCAAGAAGUUCAGUCAAAAAGACACAGAUGAGCGUUGCGGAUCUUCGCAAAUCAUUUGAGAAAAGCUCACGGGUGACUGGACGCGAACAGCAGAUGUCAGACAAGCUCAAGCCAUCAGAUACACCACAAGAUCGUGCUGCUCAGGUUAGCAAGGAAACGAGCCAUUCGUCUAACUCGGGUAAUAAAAGGGGUGUUUCCUCGAUUAGAACGCCGGACGAGAAAGACAGCACACCUAUCCAGCCGCUUUUGAGUCGAAAGCUUACCAAACCUAGAUCUGAAAAUAGGCUAUCAGAGCAUGCUAUAGCGGCUGAACAACCAGAAAGUACUAGGCUUCGCCGGAUACACAACCGUAACCUUGACGGAGCCGUAUCCCUUGAAGGCGAAGAUGCCACAAAUGUCGAACACGGACUAACUGAACUCGACAUGACAACUGUUUCCGAUGCUCAAGCUAUUCGAGAAAAUAAGUCUUCUCGUACAAGUAAAAUUCAUUCGAUCCUAGCUAACAAUUCAAAGGCUAGCUUUCACGGUAUAAUGACAAGUAAACACUCUAUAGCAAAUCAAGGAGAAGCGUCAGAACACAGUAAGGUCCAAAAGUCAGUAUCGAGACCAACGUCAAAGCCGACAUCUGCGGCUAGAUGCACGGGUAAGGUAUCUGACCUGCGGAGGUUUUUUGAAAGAUGUUCACCUAGAGAGUCUUCUCCAAAGUCAUUCAGAUAUUUUUGGCAAAAUAGGGGUAGAAAUAAGCCAGCAGCCGAAACAGAAAGAACUCCGAUUACAAGACAAGGCGCAAACACGUCGUCGACCUCAUUGGCUCCACGGACGGGUCUGCCAAAUAAGAUCAAAGUCCCCGAGCUAACAAUGGAGAUACAUGUUGACGACUUCGCCUGUGACUUCUCUGAGCCAUAGGAUGGCGCGCGGCUAAUAACAUCAAAGGCGCACGCGGAAACAAAUACUAUUGAAAGCCAAUCAUUUAAACAACAGUCUCCUGUAAGAAAUCGCAUCCAGAAAUUUGAAAGUUUAGGAAGUGGCCCUUU